AUGGAUGAAGGAAAUUCUUCACAAAAAGUAGAAGCAGAGUCCGCUUAUGAGGUAUUAAUUUCAUUUGAAUUUGUCUUCGUCUUGCAUUUUGUUAAUGAAACUAUGGGGAUCACGGAUAAACUUUGUCAAGCUUUGCAAAACCAAUCGCAAGAAAUUUUAAAUGCUAUGCAUUUAGUUUCAUCCACUAAAAAACUUAUUCAACAAUUUAGAGAUGAGAAAUGGGGUGACUUACUAGCUACUGUGAUAUCAUUUUGUAAAGAACGUGGUUUAGAUGUCCCUAAUAUGAAUGCUCGUUAUGUUGCAAGAUUUGGUCGAUCUCAUCAUCAACAAGAGGACUUUAGAAAUGAGCAUUAUUAUAAAGUAGAUAUUUUUAAUGCAGGAAUAGAUUCUCAAUUACAGGAACUAAAUCAUCGGUUUAGUGAGCAUGCCAUGGAGUUUCUUAAGCUUAGCUCAGCUCUAAACCCUUGA